AUGUACCCCCCUCAAGGCUCCGCCCAUUGGGCGGGACGGAGCCCCCAGGCUCCUCCCAUUGGACGGUGCACGUACCCCCCUCAGGCUCCUCCCAUUGGGCGGGACGGAGCCCCCAGGUCCUCCCAUUGGACGGUGGGCGUACUCCCAUUGGAAGGUGGGCGUACCCCCCUCAGGCUCCUCCCAUUGGGCGGGACGGAGCCCCCAGGUCCUCCCAUUGGACGGUGGACGUACCCCCCCUCCAGGCUCCUCCCAUUGGACGGUGGACGUACCGCCCCUCAGGCUCCUCCCAUUGGGCGGGACGGAGCCCCAGGCUCCUCCCAUUGGGCGGGGACGGAGCCCCCAGGCCUUUCCCAUUGGACGGUGGACGUACCCCCCUCAGGCUCCUCCCAUUGGACGGGACGGAGCCCCCAGGUCCUCCCAUUGGACGGUGGACGUACCCCUCCCCCAGGCUCCUCCCAUUGGGAGGGACGGAGCCCCCAGGUCUUCCCAUUGGACGGUGGAUGUACCCCCCUUCAAGGCUCCGCCCAUCGGGCGGGACGGAGCCCCCAGGCUCCUCCCAUCGGACGGUGGACAUACCCCCUCCAGGCUCCGCCCAUUGGGAAGGACGGAGCCCCCAGGUCCUCCCAUUGGACGGUGCACGUACCCCCCUCAGGCUCCUCCCAUUGGGCGGGACGGAGCCCCCAGGCCCUCCCAUUGGACGGUGGACGUACCCCCUCCAGGCUCCGCCCAUUUGGCGGGACGGAGCCCCCAGGCUCCUCCCAUUGGACGGUGCACGUACCCCCCCAGGCUCCUCCCAUUGGGCGGGACGGAGCCCCCAGGUCCUCCCAUUGGACGGUGGACGUACCCCUCCCUCAGGCUCCUCCCAUUGGGCGGGACGGAGCCCCCAGGUCCUCCCAUUGGACGGUGGACGUACUCCCCCUCCAGGCUCCUCCCAUUGGGCGGGACGGAGCCCCCAGGCUCCUCCCAUUGGACGGUGCACUUACCCCCCCUCAGGCUCCUCCCAUUGGACGGUGGACGUACCCCCCGGCUCCUCCCAUUGGGCGGAACGGAGCCCCCAGGUCCUCCCAUUGGGCGGUGGACCUACGGCGCAGGCGCAGUCGCGGCCGUCCGCCCCUCCGCGCUACGGCGCAGGCGCAGUCGCGGCCGUCCCCCCCCCCACCCCGAGGUACGGCGCAGGCGCCGGCUCGACCCCGCCCCGCGCUAUGGCAGAGGCGCAGUCGCGGCCGUCCCCCCCCACCCCGUGCUACGGCGCAGGCGCAGUCGCGGCCGUCCCCCCUCCGCGCUACGGCGCAGGCGCAGUCGCGGCCGUCCCCCCCUCCGCGCUACGGCGCUGGCGCCGGCGCGACCCCGCCCCCUCCGCGCUACGGCGCAGGCGCAGUCGCGGCCGUCCCCCCCCCCUCUGCGCCACGGCGCAGGCGCAGUCGCGGCCGUCCCCCCUCCGCGCUGCGGCGCAGGCGCAGUCGCGGCCGUCCUCCCCUCCGCGCUACGACGCAGGCGCCGCCGUCCCCCCCUCCGAGCUACGGCGCAGGCGCCGUCGCGACCCCGCCCCCUCCGCGCUACGGCGCAGGCGCGAAGGGACCGCGCCGGGGGCGGUCUCCAUAG